AUGGAGUGGGAACCGGAGCAACAGGAUCUCGGAGGCCUCGGGCUCGCGGGCAUCUGUCGCGAGAUCUACCGGGCGGUCUUCCGCUCCAUCCUCCCGUACGCGGCAGCCGGCGUGGAAGCCGCGCUUCUCUCUGCGCUUUUGCUCGCGCACGUCGCCGCCUUGCGCGGCCUCAGCUCCCUCCUCGAGGCCGACGACGGUUUCCACCUCGUCGGUUUCCUUGCCGGGUUACUCUUCGAGGUCGUCUCGAUAAUCGUCCUCGACUUCUUCUCGCUCGUCUGCACCGCCGUCUACGUCUUCCUCAUCGCCUCCCUCUACUGUACCCAGGGCGACUUCCGCGCUUCUCGGAGACUCCAGCGGCACCUCCCCCGUGUCCCCCUCACGCGGCUCAUCCCUACCUUCUUAUUCGCACUCGCGCUUGCCUAUAUCAUAUUGGUCUUCUCCGUCGUCGCCUUGCUCCUGCUCCAUUACGAGGUCGGCCUACCGCUGCAGCUGAUGGGCGCAGCCGCUUGCCUCGCCGGAGCGGCCUACGUCGCCCCGGUUUUCCACCUUGCCUGCGUCGCGUCGGUGCUCGAGGACGCCGUCCUCUUGGCCGCUGUGCGCAAGAGCCGCGCGCUCCUCGCCGGCAAGUUCUGGCCCGCGGCGGCCGUCUUCCUCACGCUCGACGGCUGCUUCGUCGCCCUGCAGCUGGCCUUCGCGCGGCUGGUGCUGGGCGACGCGCUGGGCCUCGGCCUCGGGAUCCAGGUAGCCGCGGGAGUGGCGACGUUCGUGGCUCUGUGGGUGGUGGUGCUGCUGACGCCGGCGGCGCAGCCGGUGAUCUACAUGGUGUGCAAGAACCACCACCACGAGGUGGUCGACAAGGUCCACCUCGACUACAUCGGAGAGUAUGAGCGGCUCGCCGUCGACGGCGACAACGGCGUGGAGCUGCAACCGGUGACGACGGAGCAGAUUCCUGAAACUAGUGCCGCGUCUUGCAUGUCGACGACUCCACAACGGUAG